UGGAGGUACCUGACAGUGGAGGUCUGCAGCCAGCAUCUCUUGGUUUGCUUUGCUCCUGUUUACCUUCACCACAUUUAACGAAACAAUGUCAGAGAAAACGGAGGUUAAUCUGUCUGGAGUCAAACAGAGUCAGGGCGUGUGGCUUGUAAAGGUUCCAAAGUAUUUAUCUCAGCAGUGGGACAAAGCCACAGAAAAGGGGGAUGUUGGAAAGAUUAGCAUCGGGAAGAAGCAAGGCAAAACAGAGGUACGUUUCAGUCUGAAUGAGGAGCUGACUGUGCUGGGUGCUGUGGGGGAGAAGGACGUAUCACUGCAGGUCCCAAAGGAUCAUCCCUUUACGAUGCACACAGUGGGUGGACAGACCAUGGCUGUCUUCAGUCAGAGUGACACAGAUGAAAUCAGUCUGGAGGGGAUGGUGGUGCACAGAGCUGAAUGCAGACCGGUCGUCAAUGACAACUACAUGAAGCUGAAGAAGCUGCAGAUUAAAGAGUCGACCAAGUCUCCUCGUUUGUCGCAGCAGCUGGAGAGAGCCAUCACUACCGUCUUCAAGCCCGUGGCCAACCACGAUUUCAAUGUGGUUUAUGAUAAGAAGAAGAAGUCGGAGGGGAAGAUGGUGAGAGCUGAGCGACAGGUCGUGUUGGACAUGCUCUUCUCUGCCUUUGAGAAACAUCAAUAUUACAACAUUAAGGACUUGGUGGACAUCACCAAACAACCUGUGACAUACCUGAAAGAAAUCAUGAAGGAAAUCGGGACGUACAACAACAAGGGAGCUCACAAAAGCACCUGGGAACUGAAGCCAGAGUACCGACACUACCAGUCUGCUGAGGAAGAGGAGGAGAUGCAGACCGCAUAGUUCACACAGUCAGAGUCAUCACACAGGAGAGAGAGGGACAGGUUUAAAUAAAAUGAUUUCCUGAAUGUAGAUGUCAAAGAGCACGUGCUGUUUUUGAGUUCAUCAUUUUUCCGUAAACGUUAACACGGGGUGGAAAAGUCAUAAAAACAUAGUUUGGAAUAAAACUGGAAGGUGGAAAAACACAAAAUAAAUCUAAAAAUGC